AGUGCGGCGGCGGGAGGGAAGCGGGCAAGGAUGCGACGCUCCAGGCCGCCGCCGCCGUCGUCGCCUGCCCCUCCGCCGCUGCUGCUCCUGCUCCUGCUAAGCGCCGCGGACCUGGUCCGCGCCGACGCCCAGGCGGUGACCUGCGGCUCGGUGCUCAAGCUGCUCAACACGCGCCACGGCGUCCGCCUGCACUCGCAUGACGUCAAAUACGGAUCCGGUAGCGGGCAGCAGUCGGUGACGGGCGUGGAGGUGUCGGACGACGCCAACAGCUACUGGCGGAUCCGCGGGAGGACGGACGGCGCCUGCCAGCGGGGCACCCCGGUGCGCUGCGGCCAGGCCCUGCGCCUCACCCACGUCAACACGGGCAAGAACCUGCACACCCACCACUUCCCCUCGCCGCUGUCCAACAACCAGGAGGUGAGCGCCUUCGGGGACGACGGGGAAGGCGACGAGCUGGACGUGUGGACGGUGCAGUGCAGCGGGACGCACUGGGAGCGAGGGGCCGCCGUGCGCUUCAAGCACCCGGCCACGGACGUCUUCCUGUCCAUCACCGGCGAGCAGUACGGCCACCCCAUCCGCGGGCAGCGCGAGGUCCACGGCAUGACCGGCGCCGGCCCGCACGGCGCCUGGAAGGCGGCCGAGGGCGUCUUCAUCCGGCCCGGCCCGGAGCCCGGCAGGCACGACGAGCUCUGACCGGGCGCGGGCCCCCCUCUGACCCCGACCGCCCCCCACCCCGACCCUCGGAGACGUGACCGCGGGGGCGGCGGGCCCCUCCCCGCCUCUCCCGUCGGAUGCGCGUUCCGCACCCGGAGGCCUCCGCUCCCGCCCGGUGCCGCUGCCGCCGGGGUGGGGGGGGGUGCGCCGCGGGGGGCGGAGGGCUCCCGCUCGCCCCCGGGCCGGGCACCGACGCUCGGGGGGCUCCCCGCUCCCGAGCCCCUUCCCUUGUGGCCGUCCCCCACCUGCCCGAAGAGCAAUAAAUGGCCGGCGAGCGGGCUCUUCCGG